AUGCAGAUAGGUGGUCCGAAGCUAAGUAAAACCGAGCAAGAUCUUCAACGAAACCGUGUGGAAGGAAACAAGAAACGCAGUGAUAGUACCAAGACAAUUGAAUUUAGGCGUGAAAAAACAGGUUUGUUAAAGAUAGGUUCCUUGAAUGUAAGAGGUUGCAAAAGACAGGAAAAAAGAGAGGAGAUCGAUGAUGUUUUAAGAUAUUAUGAUGUAGAUAUCGCCGCAUUGCAGGAGGUCAACACCGAUGGGAAAAUUAUAGAUUCACGUAAUUACAAAUGGCUUAUAGCAAGAGAAGGCCAGAACAAAUCAAGAGGAUUAGCAGUUUUAAUUAAGAAGGAAGCAAACAUAGUAGUACAAGAUAUAAGAAAGGUAGGGCAUUCAGCAGUUUCCGUAAGAUUGCAAGUGGAAGGAGAGAUGGAGCUCGUGCUAGUGAAUGUACAUGGUCCCAACAAAAAAGCGUUUAAUUUUCUGUCCAGUAUAGGGGCAAUCGUAGACCGAAAUCAUUUAGGAGACAAGUUAUUAGUAGUAGGAGACUGGAAUGCACAAAUCGGUAAGGAUUCAGUGACCGAAGAAGAUAGUAGAUGUAUAGGUAAGGAGCUAGGAUUCAACAACCGCAAUGAUAAUGGAGAGGAGUACAAUAUGUUUCUUCAUAUACAUAAGCUUAUAAACAUCUCAUCUAUGAUUGGAGUCAAAGUAAGGUCAACUUGGCGAGUUAGAGACAAGGAAAGUCAGAUAGAUCAUAUUGUGAAGCCAGUAGAUGGAAAGGUAGGCAUCAGAUAUAUAAGAGGUAUAUGGACGAGAAUUAACACAGACCAUAAACUAUUAUUGGCAGGAGUACGACUUCCGAAAAUGAUUAAGAAGCAGUCCAAAGAGAAAAAUCUCGUAGUACUAGAUGCAUCAGCUCUUAAAGAAAAACAAAUAAAGAAAAGAUAUCAUGAAGCAUUAAAAAGUCACGAAAUGGAAAUAGAUCCAGAGAAAGUAGGCAUAAAUGAAGCAUACCCGGCUAUAACAAAUAAAAUGAAAAAAGCAUCCAAUAUCACCUUGAGUUCUUCAAGAGUACCCUUGACUCCAGGAAGAAAAUCGGCAUUAAAUAGACUCAACAAGGCACUUAGUUUGGCUAAUAAAUAUCCGGAUAUGCUCCCAUACAAAUGGAAGGAGAGGGACAGGAAACAAGAAUUUCAAGCGGCAGUAAGAAAUCACAAUGAAACUGAGGUACGAGAGUUUUACAUGAAACUGAACGAUUUCGACGCAGCAGUUAGAAUACGGAAGUCGUACCAGUUCAUGAAGAAGUUCACUAAAAGGAAACAGGCGAGAAAUGCCUACAUACCAACCAGAUUAUGGGGAGAAAUUUUGAAGGAAAGUGAGGGACCGAGACUGGAGCUACUGGAAGAGCAAGACACAUGCACCCUAACUGAACCCCCAACGAUGGAUGAGAUGAGUGAAAUUGUUAGGCAUUCAUGCAAUGGAAAAUCGGCUGGGGCGGAUGGAGUGCGGAUGGAGUACAUCAAGUAUGCGGAUGAGGAAACCAUGGAGCAGAUGAUGGGAAUUUGGAGGAGAAUUUGGAUAGAGAACGUGAUGCCGAAAGAUAUGACUGAAUCUAUUCAGAUACCAAUACCAAAAAUAAGCAGACCUAGAAAUGUGGACAAUUUCAGAAGAAUUAGCCUAUGCAAUGUAGGAUACAAGCCAUACGCUAAGUGGAUCAGGAAGAGGCUAAAGGAGUUUACGGGAGAAUUGGAUCUAUACCAGGCGGCAUUCACAGAAGGAAGAUCAACGGAUGAUCAAAUAUUUAUGGCCAGGCGAACCAUGGAAGAGUUCUGGAAUGCUGGAAAAAGCUUAAUCGCAGUAACACUCGAUAUCAGAAAGGCAUUCGAUAACAUCAGUUUGGAUAAAUUAAAGGAUGUUUUGCUAAAAAUAGAAGUGCCAUCGCAUAUAAUUAACAGAGUGCUAAAUUGUGUGAGAGAAGAUAGGACAAGAGUACGAUGGCAAAACCAGUUGUCUGAAGAAAGCGUCCUACGAAAAGUUGCCGAACUCGUCCCAAAUAUACACAUGAUUAGGGAAGGAUCAUUUAAACUCCCGUGUAUACUAGCAUUCGCAGAUGACCUACUAAUUCUGGCGGAAAAGAAAGAGGAUCUAGAGAGGAUUAUCAAAGCUAUCGAGGAAUGCUUAUCGGAAGUCGGGCUGGACAUCAAUAAUAAUAAGAGCCAAAUCCUUAUGAGAGUGCCGAAUCCCGCAGGAGCCACACCAGAUACGAUGAUGCUGAAUGGCAAGCCGUAUGAAGUAAGUGAUGCCAUUAAGUAUUUGGGAAUCCACCUGACUCGAACGCUUGAUCGUCCGGCCACUGUAAGACACAGAUGCGUGAAUGCAGUAAAGGCUGCGAAAGUGGUUGUGGAAUUUUGCAAGAAAUUCAAACCCGCAUGGGAAAUUGGACGCCUUAUUUACAACACAGUGAUAGCACCAGCAAUGCUAUAUGGGACAAAAGUUUCAACACUAACUAAAAGGAGUAGACAACAACUGGCAAAGUACGAAAAGUUGAUUGUGAAAGACAUCUGGAUGAAUUGUAGGAAAUGCGACAACAGAAAACUGAACGUUAGGAAAGAACUCAAUGGUAAGACCAUAAACCGGAGAGUCAGAGUAGGAAGGCUCAAAUAUUACGGACAUAUUAUAAGACGAAAUAAUAAGCACCCGUUGAAACUGGCAUACAAAAUGGAAUUCGAGAAGAAGAAAGAAGGUCGCCCAAGUUAUACGUGGAAAGACUCCUUGACUCAGGACUUCAAUAAAUUCAACGAGAUAGGAGGGAAACAAUGGGAAGAUCUGGCUAAGGAUAAGAUGAAGCUUAAACAGAAAGUGGAAGAAAUCUAUAAAAUGGAGGACAGUGAAAUCUCAGAUGGAGAGGAGGAGGAGAUAUAG